UUACAGCGGGAAGCGGGGAUAGGUGACGCCUAUGGAACAGGCGCUUAUGCCAUCUUCCUGACGCCUACCACAGGAGUAGAAAAGGACCGAGGCAGAAAGGGAGCAGAAAAGGAGCAAGAUAGAAAGACAGUAAAAAAGGAACAAGGCAGAAAGGCAGCAGAAGAGGAACAAGGCAGAAAGGCAGGAGAAAGGGAGAAAGGGAGAAAGACAGUAAAAAAGGAACAAGGCAGAAAGGCAGCAGAAAAGGAACAAGGCAGAAAGGCAGUAGAAAAGGAACAAGGCAGAGUAGCAAAAGCAUCAAUUACAUUAUGUACUGGGCUUCAUCAAUUACUGCCCCAUGCUUCUGCUCUCCCACAGGCUACCUGCUGUUUGUGAGCUUGGUGACCUUCCACAUGGGCUACAUGUACGGCCCACUGGAAAUGAGCGCAGCAUCCAUCUCAUCUGGGGCCUGCAGCUCCUGGGGCUGCCGCUGCUAUAUGCAGCCAACCAGAUCCAUCCUCUUGCCUUGGCUGUGAUGCUGAUUCCAAUCUGCAUCAAGAUCAUCAAUUACAUCAUGUACUGGGCUUCUGCUGCCCAAAGGAGAGGGAGGAGCAUUUGGGCUCAGCCGAGCCCCUGUCACCUGCUGACCCAAGAGGAAUAUCAAAUGCAGGGCGAGGUGGAGACACGCAGGGCAGUCAAAGAGCUUCGAAAGUACUGCCAAAGCCCAGAGAUCAAUGUCCAGGCUAUAAGGAGACGCCUCCGCUCUCCAGAGAGGCAGCAAAGCUGGGAGAAAACACAAACCAGCAUCAUGCCAGCCCCCGGCACACAGGGAGGAGCGUUUCAGGGCUGGGACCAAGCGGUAUCUGCCCUUCCCCUCUGGCAAACCCGGCUUCCACACACCCCCCACCUUCUGGGCCCCCCUCUCCCCAUCUGCAAAGCCAGAAGGGACAGCACAGCAACCUCAGCCUUUCAGAAGCAGAAGUGCCGAACACCCUUGUGCACAGGGCCAGGAAACGUUACCUCUCUGGAGAGCGGAGGCGUCUCAUUAUAGUCUGGACAUUGACCUCUGGGCUUUGGCAGUACUUUUGAAGCUCCUCGAGUGCCCUGCGUGUCUCCACCUUGCCCUGCUUUCGAUAUUCCUCCUGGGUCAGCAGGUGACGGGGGCUUGGCUCAGCACAAACGCUCCUCCCUCUCCUGCCAGCAGAAGGGCCCCAGUCAGUGCCCGCCCAGCCGGGGCAGCGGGUCAGAGCUGGCGGCUAGAGGAGCUGAGAAUGUCCCUCCGGCCUCUGCUCGUCGCUCCUGAGGGAGACUGCCAGCCCUGAGCAGGAGCAGGGCACUCUCCUGCACUGUCCCAGGGACACAGGAACACAACCUCUCCCCAGACCCCACCAAAUGUGCCCCAGGUGUGUGACACAGACUCCAUCCAACAGCUCAUCCAGGCCUGAUAAUGGCUGGCAAGCAGGAGUGAGCCUGGGUGCUGACAGUCCUCACCUUUGGGCAGCAGAAGCCCAGUACAUGAUGUAAUUGAUGAUCUUGAUGCACAGUGGAAUCAGCACCAUAGCCAAGGCAACAGGAUGGAUCUGGUUGGCUGCAUAUAGCAGCGGCAGCCCCAGGAGCUGCAGGCCCCAGAUGAGAUGGAUGCUGCGCUUGUUCUUCAGUGGGCCGUACAUGUAGCCCAUGUGGAAGGUCACCAAGCUCACAUACAGCAGAUAGCCUGUGGGAGAGCAGAAGCAUGGGGCAGGCAGCACCCAGCGGGCUCAGCUGGGCUGACAGGAGCUGCCGAGCUGCACUCUCAGGGCUGCAGGGAAUCCUGACGCCUGAUGCCACGUCCCUAUGGGCCUGCUCCCCCUUCCCAGAGCUCCCCCAGCUCAGCAGAAUCUGGGUGGGUAAAGAGUAAAGGUCUUCUCUUUUCAUUGCAGUGGGUUUGUGUGGGCAGCUUUUUGUA